AUGGGGGUAAAUAUUCUGACCGACAGCAGCGGCCGCGGGCCCGAGGGCGGGGGCCGGGGCCGGGGCCGCCACCCGCACCGGGAUCACACCGGCUCCCAGCUGUCGCUCGGGGCCCGCUGCGGCGCCGCGCCGGAGCACAAGGAGGCCCCAGAGCGCCCGAGCCUGGAGGACCCAGAGUCGUCGGAUUCCGAUGACGAGAUGACAGACCCGGCCAGCUUGGAGGCGGAGGCCCACCAAGGCCCGUGCGGCCAGAUCCGCCAUCAGUACCGGGCGCUCAUCAACUCCGUCCAACAAAGCCGGGAGGGCAUACGAAAUGCCGGCGACAGAUUAACAGAGGCCCUUGAAGAGGCCAACACUCUGUUUAAGGAAGCGUCCCGAGCAAGAGAAGCAGUCCUCGGUGCCCACUUUCUUGUUUUGGCUUCAGAUUUGGGCAAAGAGAAAGCAGAGCAGCUGCGCUCGGACCUGAGCUCGUUUGGAAUGUUAAGAUAUGUUGAAGCUCUACUGACACAUAUGGGUGUAAAUCCGCUAGAAGCUGAAGGACUCGUCCGUGAUGAAGAUAGCUCUGAUUUGGGAUUCAUAGUCUACGACUCCUGGAAAAUACCAGGCAAAACAGCAGAAAACACUUUUAAUAAAACCCAUGCAUUCCACUUUCUAUUGGGUUCAAUAUAUGGAGACUUCCCAGCGCCGAAGUCACGAAUUGAUCGUCUAGGAAAAGUUCCUAUGAUAGGAGAGGAGAGGGCAAUGCCCGCCCAGUUAAGCAGAAUGGAAGGCGGAGGCGAGCAAGCAACAGAGAAAGAUCCAGCCAAGGUAGGUGGAUUACUUGAGAGCUUUGGGUUUUUUUUGAGACGGAGUCUUGCUCUGUCACCCAGGCUGGAGUGCAGUAGCACAAUCUCAGCUCACUGCAACCUCCACCUCCUGGAUUCAAGCAAUUCUCUUGCCUCAGCCUCCUGA